CUUUCUUUUCUGACUUGCUGUUCUACAUGUCAUGCAUAUUAAUGACUUAAAGGAAGGAGAGGACAGUUUUGCAUCAGCUACUUGUGUUCUGACUACUAUAAAUAUGUAUCAACCACAGAACUGACACUUACUAACAGUUCCCACACACUACCAGUAAGUUAAUGCACUGUACAAGACCUCUCCCCUUCACUUCACUCUACUGCAGGGUGGGAGAUGCAACAAUGGUCUUGAGAACAGCAGGAAGUGUGUUGGUGGUCUUUCUCUGGUCUGUAGCAGACUGCAGGGUGGGAGAUGCAACAAUGGUCUUGAGAACAGCAGGAAGUGUGUUGGUGGUCUUUCUCUGGUCUGUAGCAGUGGUACUGAGUCAGAAAGGCUGGAGUGUUACAUACUCCACUCAGAGUAUCUGUACCUUGAAGGGGUCAACAGUGGAGAUGUCCAGCUCUUACACAUAUCCCAGUGGUACAGUCACAACAACCUUCUGGUUCACCAAAAAGUAUGCUGUGGAGAAGUCUGUAAAUCUGAGAAAUGACCCAAACUACAAAGGUCGUGUGACGUACCGUAGUGAUAAGACGAAUGGCCACACCCUGAAAAUCACAGACCUGAGAGAGAGAGACUCAGCUACAUACAAGUUCAGAUUUAUAACAGAUCAGACAGGAGGGAAAUAUUAUGGCGAACCUGGAGUCACUCUGUCUGUUACAGACCUGCAGGUGAAGGUGACCACUACAUGGUGGUCAACGACACUGACCUGUAGCACCACCUGUACUCUGACUGGUAACCCCACCUACACCUGGUACAGGAACAGUAAGAUUGUACAAGGGGCCUCCUCUCCCUCAUACACAGUCUACUUUAAUCCUGAAGGCAGCUUCUACUGUGCUGUAAAAGGCAUCAAUUCUCCUGCAGUGUCUGUUGAGGGUCACAGUUAUUUCCACGUGACUUACACCCAUCAGAGGAUCUGUACCUUGAAGGGGACAUCAGUGGACAUAUCCUGCUCUUAUACUUAUCCCAGUGGUCAUACAGUCUCUGAAAUAAACUGGUAUACAAAAGGAAAACUUAAUGAGGCGUCUCAAAUCCUGAGCCCGGGGUAUGGAGGUCGUGUGGAGUACCUUGGAAAUAUGCAGAGUGACUCCAUCCUGAGAAUCACAGACCUGACAGAGGAGGACUCAGCUGAGUAUAAGUUUAGAUUCAGAACAGAUCAGACAACCUGGGAGCCCACCUUCCCUGGAACAACUCUGACUGUCACAGGUCUGCAGGUGAAGGUGACUCCUGCCACUGUGACAGAGGGACAGAAUGUGACACUGACCUGUAGCACCACCUGUACUCUGAGUGACAUCUCCAACCCCACCUACAUCUGGUACAAGAGUGGACAUGUAACCACAAAAUCUACCAGUCUGUUCCUAAACCCAGUCAGCAGUGAGGAUGCAGGCAGAUACUCCUGUUCUGUAGAAGGACAUGAGGAUCUCCCCUCUGCUGAAGAGACUCUCACUGUCACAUACGGCCCAAAGAACACCUCAGUGUCAGUCAGUCCCUCUGGUGAAAUAGUGGAGGGCAGUUCAGUGACUCUGACCUGCAGCAGUGAUGCCAACCCACCUGUGGACAAAUACACCUGGUACAAGAAGAACGUAACCUCACCAAAAGCAUCAGGACAGAGUUACAACAUCACUAACAUCAUCUCUGAGGACAGAGGAGAAUAUUACUGUGAGGCCCAGAAUGGAAGAGGAUCUAUGAACUCUACAGCUCUGAUGAUCAUUGUAGCAGGGAAACCAACCUCCUUUAUGACUGCAGCUGUAGGAAGCAUAGUGGUUGUUCUGGUUCUCAUCCUCUGUCUCUCUGGCUUCAUGUGGUUCAGGAAGAAGGCCUCCAAAUCCACCUCUGACACAAGAGACACAUCAGAGAAUGUACAGGGAGACUCUAGUCCAGUGUAUGACAACAUCUCAGGCAUGGCCAUGACCUCUACUGCAGCACAGACAGAGUCCACAGACAACCAGGAUUAUGUUCACUAUGCCAGCGUCCACUUCUCUGGCUCCAAAAACCAGGAAGUGCCUCUGUACUCCACCGUCCAGCUGCCUCAGCCCCAGAUUCAGGACGAGGAUGUCCAGUAUGCUGCUGUGAAAUUCAGCCGGCUCAGUGCUGCCACCCGGUGAAUAUUUUCUGCCAUUACAACAGAGUCAAUACUAGAACACUGAACUCACAGACAUCAUCAAGGGCAUUCAUAUGCUGCUGUUUAUUGGAAGAGUAGACAAUGUCAUCAAUAAGCAAAACAGUUGACCCCCUAGUGACAACUCAUUGUUCCCUGAGAUCUCCCUCCAUCAAUAGCUGAAGCACAGGGGGAUGGUGGCACCUUAAUUGGGGAGGAUGGGCUUGUGGUAAUUGCCGGAGCAGAAUAAGUGGAAUGGUAUAAAAUACAUAAAACACAUGGUUUCCAUUCUAUUUGCCUCGUUCCAGCCAUUAUUAUGACCCGUUCUCACCUCAGCAACCUCCUUCAGGACAAAGUGCAUUUCCUUGAACUCAUGAUAUGGUGGAACAAUGGACAUUUGUUGCACUCAGGGUUGGGGUCAAUUCCAUUUCAAUUUAGGAAAAUUCCAAUUCCAAUUGUUCCUCAUUGAAAAGCAUUGAGAAAAUAUGACAUUUCAGUUUACUUCCUGAAUUGAAAUGUGUUUUAGUUGUGUCUUUAGACUAAACUUUAGCAAAACAAAUCUGCACAAGACUAUACAGCUGCACUCUUAUUUGAUUUGAUGUAUGACAUUAACUUGGCGUUGAUAUCGAGACUGUCAAGUAUGAUAUUAUAACGCUUUUUUAAUCACUAAUCUAAAUGUGUUUCUUACUUUUUGUCAAAUGUGAUGAGUGGCCAGUGUUUGUUUAUCCAUGAGAAAAGGUUAAUAAAUGCUUUCACCCUCCA